UCCGCCAUUCAUACAAGUCGAUUUUCCUGUUUCUUUCUGUGUGUGUGUGUGUACAAGCAGAAGAGCUAAGCAGAAGCUAAAGGAGCUAGUGCUGCCCAGCUAGAAAGAGAAAACAUUAAGAGACAUGGUGACGGUGAUAUUCGCGUGGCUUGUUAAUAGUAUACAUUUCGUUGUACGUAAGAUAUAAAGUUACGAUGAUAACCGGUCAUGUUGAAUCGACGUAUUUAGUGGACUUUGUCAUUGAACAUAAGAUGCUUAAUAAAUAAUAGAUCUUAAAAGGCUAUAACUCGAAGGAGAGAGAAACAGGAGACACGGAAUAAGGAUAAGAUUGAUAGGAGUUGCUGAGAGAUAACUUGAAUCAAAUAAAGAAACUGAUAAAAAAAGUAGAGGCGAAUUACAAGCAUGGGGGCAUUUUUGGACACACCGAAUACUGAGAAGUACAACGAGCACGGUGCGGGCAAUGAUUUGCAGUACGGAGUUGCCAGCAUGCAAGGAUGGCGUAUGGAGAUGGAAGACGCACAUUGUGCGAUGACAGGCUUGGAGGGUGGCCUGUCCGACUGGAGUUACUUUGCGGUAUUUGACGGGCAUGCCGGGGCGUUAGUUUCCGCGCAUAGCGCGGAACACUUGCUGGACUCAAUAGUAGAAACAGAUGAGUUCAAAUCCGAGGAUGUGAUAAAGGGCAUACACUCUGGUUUCCUACGGCUCGACCACAAAAUGCGCGAUCUGCUGGAGACGAAUAAAGACAAGUCUGGAUCAACAGCUGUUUGUGCAUUCAUAUCACCCAAACACAUUUACAUCGCAAACUGCGGUGACUCAAGAGCUGUACUCUGUAGUUCAGGAAGUCCCGUGUUCUCAACACGAGACCACAAGCCCGUACUGCCAGCCGAAAAAGAACGCAUCCAAGCAGCAGGUGGCAGCGUCAUGGUCGAGCGUGUUAAUGGUUCAUUGGCUGUGUCACGUGCUCUCGGUGAUUACGAGUACAAAAAUGUCGAAGGUCGUGGACCAUGUGAGCAAUUAGUAUCACCAGAGCCGGAAAUUUUUGUCCGCGAUCGGGACAUGGAGAACGAUGAGUUUCUAGUACUCGCGUGCGAUGGCAUUUGGGACGUUAUGACCAAUAAAGAUCUCUGCGAUUUUAUUUACUCAAGAUUAUUGCUCACUGAUGACUUAGAGGCUGUUACUAACCAGGUUAUUGAUACCUGUCUUCACAAGGGCAGCAGAGACAAUAUGAGCAUAGUAUUGGUAACAUUUCCUGCGGCACCCAAGCCAAGUAUCGAGGCACAAAAGAAGGAAGCCGAGUUAGAAACGGCCAUCGAGAGGAGAAUUAAAGAAAUAGUUGCACAACAAGAGGGUAAAGAUGGCUUCGAUUAUCUGGAACUGCUACGGAUUCUUGUUGAUCAAGAUCUACCGAAUCUACCCCCUGGAGGCGGUCUUCCGGCAAAACAACCACUCAUUGAACAAGUCUUUCGAGAAGUGUGUCCCGGCAGAGCGAAGAGCACGUCAGAAUCCAGUUAGUCAUGAAAAUAUGAGUUUUUAUACCCGAAAAAAAAAUUUUAGCGGUUAACGCUUAACUACAAAAAUUGACAGGUUUAAAUGUCGACAAAUUACUAUAAAGUUACAGGAAUACAACACACCGACGUCUACGCAAUGGAGCAUUUGACAUAAUACAAAAAUAACAAAUCAAUAAAUUAUAAUAUUAAAUUUUAAAUAUUAAUUUUAAUUAAUAAUAAUAAUAAUAAUAGUAAUAACGAUGAUAUGAUAAUUAUUAAUGAUGAAUGAUUGUACAAAAUAGUUAUAAGUCAUGGGUACUUUUACUUUUCAUCUUCUUGAUAUAGCGAGAAAAAAAAAAGUAAAUAAUUAUUAUUAUUAACUAUUACAAUAUCCAAUGUGUGAUAUGUGUACUUGUAAUACGAGUUUUGAUGCUCCUCUGACCAUAAUUUUUUUUUUUUUGUACAAAGCAUUUUCAUUGUAAUCUGUGGAUUAAUUAUUAUUUAUAUAAUUACACCCUGGCAGAUACACAAGCAAAUAAAUAUUUAAAAAAAAAUAAUAAAUAAAAAAUAAGUAUGUUAAGAUGAGUGCGGAUGUAGCUGACAAUUGUCAAUUUUUUAAACUUCAUUACAAAUAAAUAAAUAAAUUGAAGGGCCAGUUUUUCCCGCCGUUCAUUUUUAAUCCAAAUUCAAUUAUUACUGAUAUAUUUAUAUAUUAUUAAUAUAUAGAUGCUAGCAAUAUUAAUUUGAACCUGGGUCAAAAUAAAGUCGGUUUAAAAAACUGGCGCUAAGUUUAAGAAAUUUGAAAAGUGCGUUCUUAGAUAAAUUAAGAAUACGCGCAUUUUUUUAAAUUUCAAUAUUUGAAUUUAUUUAUUUAAAAUUUAAAAAUUGUCUUGUCUGCUACGUGCUCACUCAUAUAUUAGGGUAAAAAAUCCUCGAUAUAACUUUAAAUAGAUACGAUCCAUUCGAGUAGAUAAUAAAAAAUAUAUUGUAUUUCAUAGUAAAUGGCUGUUGUUAGAAUGAGAAGCCUGUCCUGUUCUUAAAAUUUAAAAACAAUAUUGUAUAAUUAAAUCAUUUAACAAAUCA